ACUGGUGCCCUAGUUUCCCAGCCGGCAGGCGGAGUGAAGAGGAAGCGGAGGCGAGACCGCGCUCAGCACUGGGGAAAGGAAGGAGGCGGGCCCUGCGCGCAGCAUUUUGGGAACGAGUGGAAUUCUGGGAGCUGGGCCCGCCAUUCGCUUGACGCACGCCUUCCCCGUAGUAUCGUUCGUAGCGCACCGAAGAGAAGGAAAAGUAGGCCAGAGCCGAACUCUCUUCCUGCCAACAUGUCUAUUGGUGUGCCAAUUAAAGUACUGCAUGAGGCUGAGGGCCACAUUGUGACAUGUGAGACGAACACCGGUGAAGUAUAUCGGGGGAAGCUCAUUGAAGCAGAGGACAACAUGAACUGCCAGAUGUCCAACAUCACAGUCACAUACAGAGAUGGCCGAGUGGCACAGCUGGAGCAGGUAUACAUCCGUGGCAGCAAAAUCCGCUUUCUGAUUUUGCCUGACAUGCUGAAGAAUGCACCCAUGUUAAAGAGCAUGAAAAAUAAAAACCAAGGCUCAGGGGCUGGCCGAGGAAAAGCUGCUAUUCUCAAGGCCCAAGUGGCCGCAAGAGGAAGAGGACGUGGAAUGGGACGUGGAAACAUCUUUCAAAAGCGAAGAUAAUUUUCUAAGUUGAACAACUUUGUCCUUUUUUCUUUCAGGUUAUCUGAGUUCAUUGGGGUGGGUGCUUGUGUAUAAGUCCUAGGUAUCUUUUGACAUCUUUCUCUUUAGAUCAGGGGAAAUGUUUAAGCUAAAUAAAUCUGGGGGGUUUUUUGUUCUGUUUUGUUUUGUUUUGUUUUCCUUUGAGAAA